GCUGGCUCGCGCAGCCCGGGCCGAUCCUCCCUCCGGCCGCGGGGCAGGGGUCACGCCUGCGCGGGUUCCUGGCGCCUGGGCCAGGGGGUAACCUGUUGGUCCCGCGUUAAACUUGCAGGUACCCAUGGCGUCCGACCAACUGCGCAAGGUCAAGUAUCAAUGGGGCAGCGGCUCUGAUGGCUACCCCAACAAGCGCAGCUGCAGGGAGCCCGAGGCUGUGGCCGCCGCCGCCUCCUCCAGGGCUCCCCCAACCUCUCCGAAUGCUAAACCUCCCCCUCCUCCCGGCUCCAGCCGGCCGGGCAAGGGCAACCCUGCCCAUGGGAGAGGGCCUCGCAGGCCCCCGGACCCGGAGGCCCAAGGCAAGGAAGAGGUGACCCCCAAAUCCUCACCUGGCCGGAAGUGCCCCGGCCCUACUCGCCAACCCAGGUGUUCUGAUUCCUCAGGUGCGGGUAGGGCUAGCAGCCGCACCCUGCUCAUCAAGAGGACGGAAGGCCUUAACUCUUCCCUAGAAAGCACCCCCCUCCCUGGCAGCCCCUCGGCCAGAGAAAUGUGGACCUUCCAGGAUGAAGCCUCCCACCGGAAGGUUGAUUCCAAGGAUGAGGCUGAGAGUCAGAGUAAUUCUAUGGAGGAAGCAGUGGUGACCCAGAAGAUGAAGAGGAGAGUCAAGGACCAGGGGUCCACAAUGAUCUACCUGAAGGCCCUCCAGGGCAUUCUGGGGAAAUCCAUACCCAGAAAGAAAGAUAAGGAGGCUGUUAAGGCAGAACAAGACCAAGACUCCAGCCCUAGAAAGAGGGAAGAAUCUGGCAAGAGGAGUGUCACGGUUCCUUUUUCAGUUAAGGAAAAGCAGCAGCACCUACCGGAAAGCAGCCAGAAGGAAGAUGAAGCAGAAAAAGGGAAUCUCAGUAGUGUUAGGGAUGCUCAAGGUGACUCAGGUGAAAAGCCUCCGGGUAACCAGAAGGCAGUCAUUGAAAAAAGUGCAGAGCCCCAUUCAGAAGGACAGAGGCCUAAAGAGAGGGAGAUGGUGAUGGAAAAUCCUUCCUCAGAAAGUGACUGGUCAGACAUGGAAGAUAUUUCCACUGUCAGGUUCUCCCAAGAGGAUUCUGUUUCUUUGAACAUCUCUGUGGUUUCAGAGCCUUCUCCGUCCACUACUGAUUAUGUUAUGUACCCAGCUCACUUGUAUGGCAGCCCGUGGCGUGAUUAUGCCACUUACUGGACCAACAGUCCCAAGCCUUUCUGUUAUCCCACCAGCAGCAGCACUGGGGAUGCUUCGAACAUAGUGGGAAGUAAUAGGAACCAACCCAGCGAUCGAUCUGCUGAGUCUAACAGCAGCCCCAGGAAUACCUCCAAAGACUUGGAAAUGUUGGCAGGCAAAAAGCCCUCUUCCCUCCCUUCCUCUCAGAUGUGGGAAGAAGAAAAGGUGGGAGAGAAAAGAACAUUCCGUGAAGAGGUGCCUCGAUUUUCUCGAGAGCACACCUUGAGUUCUUCAUACAGGGGAAUCAGGGGGAGUCAAGGUUCAGCGGGCUUCAUUGACACACACUGUCACUUGGACAUGCUUUAUUCCAAGUUGUCUUUCCAGGGCACUUUUUCUAAGUUUAGAAAAAUUUAUAGCAGCUCCUUCCCAAAAGAAUUCCAAGGUUGCAUCUCUGACUUCUGUGACCCUCGUACCCUGACGGAUUACCUAUGGGAGGAUCUGUUGAAGGAGGACCUUGUCUGGGGGGCAUUUGGUUGUCACCCUCAUUUUUCCCGAUACUACAAUGAACGUCAAGAAAGAAACCUCCUUCAGGCUUUGAGGCAUCCCAAGGCUGUUGCCUUUGGAGAAAUGGGACUGGAUUAUUCUUAUAAAUGUACUUCUCCUGUCUCAGAUCAGCGCAAGGUAUUUGAAAGGCAAUUGCAAUUGGCUGUGGCUUUGAAGAAACCUUUAGUGAUACACUGCCGAGAAGCAGAUGAAGAUUUACUCUCAAUCAUGAAGAAAUUUGUUCCUACUGAUUAUAAAAUCCAUAGGCACUGCUUCACAGGCAGCUAUUCGGUCAUCGAGCCCCUGUUGAAGCACUUUCCCAACCUCUCUGUGGGAUUCACAGCCCUCGUGACCUAUUCUUCCGCCUGGGAAGUCCGGGAAGCCUUGAAGCAGAUCCCCUUGGAGAGGAUCAUCGUGGAAACGGACGCUCCCUACUUCCUCCCUCGUCAGGUUCCCAAGAGCCUUUGCCAGUACGCCCAUCCGGGUCUGGCCCUCCACACGGUUCGAGAGAUUGCUAAGGUCAAAGAUCAGCCUCUCUCCCAGACCCUGGCCACCCUGCGACAGAAUACCAGCCGCCUUUACAGUCUUUAAGGGAAAGAGGGAUGUUUGGGUUUUUUCUUAGAAAAGGCCAUAAAUCGACAUCAAAUUGUAUUUUCUAAAAUUUUGACUGCAUUUUUUUUCCAGUGCAGAGAAUGUAAACAUAGGAUUACCGUUUAAGCCAGAUUUGCCUUGAGGUGAACUUCAGUGGCUUACAACCUUCUUCCUAUUUCCCUCGCACCUUUCAGGGAGACCCAACAAGCGUGCCCUGACCAUAGACCCCCGAGACUCCAGCACAAGCGUGCCUGGACUGCGAGGGGCUGCACACCUGCUACGGGGUUGUAGAAGAGGGAGGGGAGUCUUCUUAGAAGUCUCCUCACCGCCCUUAGCUCGGGGUGCAGGAGAAGCGAAGCUGGCUUGCUAGCUAGAAUGAGCCCGAGGGAAGGCAAGCCGGGGGCCCAGGAGGAUUUCCAGCACAGGGUGCAGAGAAGGUUGCUGGACUGGAUCUCCACACUCUGUAGUCUGUGUGAAGCAGCAUAAAGCUUUUCAAUAAAGUCAUCUUCUUAAGCA